UCCUCAGAUGAGAAGCUGGAAUGCGUACAUUUUGAGAGAAGGAUAUUAUUAAUUGAAAGGACUAUCAAAUUUGGCCUGAUUGACUCAUUCCACCUAGACUUAUGUCUCGACAGGCAAGUUGAUGUGCUUCUACUUCCAAUUUCGACUGUUGCGGUGGGACGAGAAGAUCGAAUACGAAGGCCCAUCGGGAGGUUGGGCUGUGUCCGAGCGUUAGCUCAGCACUUAAAAAUCCAACUUGGCGGAUUCCAAUGUAGUUCAAAACUCUUGCAAGAGUUGCCGUUUUGGGUCUUCGGGCAAUGGGCAUAGCCCACUCCAGCGUCUUCUACGUUAAGUACGUGCACCAUGACAACAAAGGUGCAUGCUAUUGCACAGACAGGAUUCGCCACUGGGACGAAUGAACUAUAUGAUCGGGCUCGCCCAUCGUACCCAACUGAGUGUAUUUCGUACAUUCGUCAGGUAUCAAAGAGCACAGCACCCUUGAACAUUAAUUGGGCAGGGACAGGUAUUUUUACCCGUGCCUUGUUAGCUCACUCUGACUGGGCUAUGAGCAUUGAUACGCUGAGAGCUAUCGAGCCUAGCGACAGCAUGCGUGAUGUGUGGAUGAAGACUGUCAAUGAUAAUCGCAGUUCUAUUGUCAAAGGGACAUUUGAUAACACCGGUGUGGAAGAUGAGUGGGCAGACCUUAUCAUUAUCGCACAGGCGUUCCAUUGGUGCCCCGACUAUGGGAAGGCAUCGGCUGAAUUCGGUCGUAUUUUGAAGAAGGACGGUGCAGUUGUGUUUAUAUGGAACCUCGAAGACAGAGACGGCGCAGGUUGGGUUGCACAAUUCCGUGACCGCGUCGAGGUUCAUAAGAAAGGGACGCCCCUAUUCCCCCUCGGUCUUUGGAGGGAGACGUUCUCUACACCUGAGUAUAUCUCCUUGUUCCAUCCUCGGGAGGAGGAAGAGUGGGCAUAUCAUCUUCUUGCUAGCGAGAAAAUUGUUACGGAUCGCGUUCAGAGUGAGAGUUUCAUUACCAUACUCCCUCCAGAUGAAGAGGCCAAGGUAGUGGAGGACGUCAAAGGUAUCCUCGAGCGGGGAGAUGGUAAAGUUUGGAUUAACAAGGAGGAGGGCACGUAUCAAUAUCCAUACAAGACUUACGCAGUGGUAUCUAGAAGGAAGUAG